UGGUGGCGGGCGCCGUGGCGGGGAUCCUGGAGCAUUGCGUGAUGUACCCCGUUGACUGCGUCAAGGUGAGACCUGCACCUAGCUCCGAACCCGACCUGGGGCUGACCUGACCCGUUGGGAGUCCCCGUGCGGAGCCAGGAUCCCGGCCGAGAGAGCCUCCCGGGCUCCCGCCACUACCACCCGAUCGGAACCGAUACUGCGUACCAAGCAAGGUCCUGUUUCUAGCGCCAGUGAGAUCUGAAUCGGCACACAGGACCGAAAAAUCUGUCAGCCAAAGCCUUGGAUCCCACCUGGGACUAAACAGGAUAGGGUGGGCUGGGGGAUCCCGAAGCACAGGUAAGUGCUACGAACUGCAUGGAGGUGACGCCAGUGGGUGUCCAGCAGAGCCCAGACCGGACCCCUCAGCCUGCUAGCGUAGACCGGGUGUCUGGAUCUCUCUUGAAUAAGGACCUGGAUGUUGUGAGUGGCUGGGAGUCAUGUUGCAGUCGGAGUGGAGGUCCAGACUGGAAGUAAGACGGGCAAGACGCUGGUCAGGGAAACUUUCAGUUUCUCCUCGCAGUGUAAAAGCGUGGUCUCCCACUUACUUCCGGAAUAGGAAAGUAGCCAGGAUCAGGAGUGUGUGUGUGUCCGCGUGCGCGUGCUUGCAGCUGCCAAGCCAGAGAGAUGAAAACAGGCAGUUUGUGCCGUAGUCCACCUGAAGCAAAAGGAAGAAGGGCAGUGUAACCGUGUUGGAAAAGGAAGAGUAAAGAAAGUGGAAUGAGAGCAACGUGAGGACGCAAUUGCUAUGCAAAUCGUCUAAUUGUAUCUACCACCCUGCAGGAGGAUGAAUGGAUUCAGAAAGUCUGAUCUUUCUGCAGAGCCAGGGGAAGGAGGGGACCGACCAGUGUGUUUGACAGUUCUUAUUUUUCUGCAACAGUGAAAACCCGGAUGCAGAGUCUGCAGCCCGACCCAGCCGCCCGCUAUCGCAACGUGUUGGAGGCCCUCUGGAGGAUUAUAAGGACAGAGGGCCUGUGGAGGCCCAUGCGGGGGCUGAACGUCACAGCCACAGGCGCAGGGCCUGCCCACGCCCUCUAUUUCGCCUGCUACGAAAAGUUAAAAAAGACCUUGAGUGAUGUAAUCCACCCCGGGGGCAAUAGCCAUAUUGCUAAUGGUGCCGCGGGGUGUGUGGCCACAUUACUGCACGAUGCAGCCAUGAAUCCAGCAGAAGUGGUCAAGCAGAGGAUGCAAAUGUACAACUCGCCAUACCACCGGGUGACAGACUGUGUACGGGCAGUGUGGCGGAACGAAGGGGCCGGGGCCUUUUACCGCAGCUACACCACCCAGCUGACCAUGAACGUUCCCUUCCAAGCCAUUCACUUCAUGACCUACGAAUUCCUGCAGGAGCACUUUAACCCCCAGAGACGGUACAACCCCACCUCCCACGUCCUCUCCGGAGCCUGCGCAGGAGCCAUCGCUGCCGCCGCCACUACCCCACUGGACGUUUGCAAAACACUGCUCAACACCCAGGAGUCCGUGGCCUGGAACUCGAACAUUGCAGGACACAUCACAGGCUUGGCUAAUGCCUUCAGGACGGUUUAUCAAGUGGGCGGCGUGACUGCCUACUUCCGAGGGGUGCAAGCUAGAGUCAUAUACCAGAUCCCCUCCACAGCCAUCGCGUGGUCUGUGUACGAGUUCUUCAAAUACCUAAUCACCAAACGGCAAGAAGAGUGGCGAGCAGGCAAGUGAAGGAGUCCCGAACGAGGCCAGGGUUCAGACCACACCGCUGCCUCCCGCCCACGCCAGCUACAUCCUCAGGUCUCCUGGCGUGUUGCGGCCUCGCCUGGAGUUGGAAGGAAAGGUCCAGGGCUCCCCCAGCCCGGCUGCUGCUGGUUUGGCUGACGUCACUUCCUGCCAGGCCCUGCCGCCACCAUCUGCUUGCAGGCCUGAAGCGGAUGCAGCGGAUGCAGCGGAGCCCCGCACUUCAGACGGCUCUCCAUCGUGGGCCAGAGGGCCUGCUCCGGGCUGUUAUGGAGGGUUAAGCAGCACUUCCCCCUGGUUCCUAAUAAAACACCUCUAAGUUAAA